GCAGAAUACCAACCGGACGGACGGACGGACGGUUGCCCUGCCCUAGACACUCUCGGAUACUGUGGAUAUACUAGAAGAAGAGCUGGGGACGGACAGCUCCCCGCCGCCGCCGCCGCCUAUCCUCUCCUGUCCUUAUAGAGGAGGAGGAGGAGGAGGAACAAGGAAGGGGCCUCACCGCCGUCCGUCCGCCCGCCCGCAGCCCAUGAUUCAAGGCACCAGGCUUGAUUCAUUCUGAAUCUGAAUCUGCAGCCCUCCCCUCCCCCAAGAGACAGAGGAGAUUGAGAUUGAUGGACGAGUUCAUCAGUCUCGGCGACGAACCUCAGCCUCGCGCCUCGGAAGAUCUCCACCAGCCCCUCCAAGUCGAUGCCGUCGAUCUGAAUCUGAAUCUCAAUCACGCACCACCACAGCCGGAGCCGGAGCCGGAGCCUCUGCCAUCCCAGCACCACCCACAAGGCACCAAGGCCAGUACUAGUUCCGUCGUCGUCGAGGUCAUCGACCUCGAGGAAGGCCAGAUCGCCUGCCAACAAUCUUCUUCUUCUGCUGCUGCUGCCCAAGAUGCAGCAGCAGAUAACCCCCAGGCCAAGGCCAAAGAAGAAGCCUUGGGUGCCAAUGGAGUGGGGCCUCCUCCUCCCCCAUCCCACCAACAACCGCAAGAUGAUGACAUCAUCGACCUCGAAGAAGGCCAGGUUGAGGACAUGGACCUCUCCGACGACAAUGCCCUAGUCAUUGUUACAAAGCAGCAUGCUUGUGUUUCAGCAGCUGAAACACCCAUGGGCAACAAUGACGGGCCUCCCCUUUCUUCAAGACCGAGCAGCGGCGCCUUUAUCGACCAAAGCCCCACAAGAGGAGUUAAAAGACCCCGCACGGAAUCAGCCGAACCUUCUGUUCGUGUAGUCUACAACAACUUGACAAGGGAAAGCAAAAGGAAACUCGUGGAACUGAUGCAGCAAUGGUCCGAGUGGCAAGCUAGAAAGCAACACGCCUUGACGGAAACUGUGGAAGAAGUCUUGGACUGUGGUGAAGAGACUUAUUAUCCAGCAUUACAUGUUGGUUCAGAGAGAUCCUGUGCUGUGUCAUUCUGGGUGGAUAGCCAAGCACGAGGAAAUGCUGCUGUGGAUGAUGGUGCGGUGCCGCUGUAUGAUCGAGAAUUUACAUUGGGUUCAACUCCUAUGGGUGAUUCAUCAAAUGCUGAAGGCAAGAAAGAUAAGGAUGAUUCUCGCUGUUUCAACUGUGGUUCGUAUAGCCAUGCUCUUAAGGAUUGCCCAAAGCCUCGUGACCAUGUUGCAAUUAGCAAUGCCCGCAAGCAGCACAACUUGAAAAGGAACCUAUCUAAUGUUGGUAAUCGUGGACAAAAUCGCUACUACCAGAAGACGCCAGGCAAAUUUGAUGAUCUGAAGGCAGGAGUCCUGGGAUCUGAGACUAGAGAAUGCUUGGGGCUCAGGGAAAAUGACCCGCCGCCGUGGCUGCACAGGAUGCGCGAAUUGGGUUAUCCUCCAGGUUACCUAGAUGAGGUGGAAGAUGAAGACAAACCAUCUGGCAUCACCAUAUUUGGGGACGGGGAGGUGAAGGAAGAGCAGCAGCAUGAGGAGGGAGAGCUUCCGGAGAAGGGUGAACCAUCCCCGCCUCGCAAGAGGAUGACGGUGGAGUUCCCUGGAAUAAACGCGCCCGUCCCAGAGAACGGCGACCCUUGGCUGUGGGGCAGCGCUCCGCCGCCCCCUCUUCAGUCCUCCUCUGGCCGUCACCAGCACUCAUCAUCAGAUUCGAGGGAUAGAGCUCCUCCUGCCCCUCCAGGCGUCGAGCAUUACUCGUCAUCGAGGUAUCACUCGUAUGACUACGGACCGGCGAUCCCUGGUGCCGGAAGAAGAAGCUCAUCUGGUUAUGACGAUGGUGCCUGGACCCCGAGCCCCGUGUUUUCGAGCAGGCAGCACUCGGGCUCGGGCUCGGGCUCGAGGGAAAGGGAAAGGGAAAGGGAGAGGGAGAGGGAGAGGGAAAGGGAGAGAGAGAGGGACAGGCACUACUACAGCAACAGGAGGUGAAUGGAAUGGAACAUGUUUGUGUAGCUGAGAGACCCCAAUUUUGUUUAGUACGUACCAAAUUUACCAGCAGUUGAAGAAGCCUUUACUUAUCAUGUCAUUGUUGGUAUACUAGACAUGGCUGUGGUUUAUAACAAACAAACAAACAAAAAAAAAACAGCCUCUCAGAAUGAAUAUUCGUUGGCACUUGCAGUAUCA